AUGGCUGAUUCGGCCAGGUCCACGGACAAGAACCCCCGGUCCCCCCUCAAGUCCAAGGUCAUCCGCUCUCAAAAGAUAUCGGCUCCCUCGCCCGGCGAGCCGCCGCGCCCCUCACCACCACCACCCGUCGCCGGCCUGCCCGACGAUCUCGAGGACUUUAGCGACCGUGACCUCGACCACCGCCGCGUCCCCUCCGCCCCCGGCGGCCCCGUCUCCCGUUCUCAUACGCCCGGUCACCUCUCGUCCAAGAGUCAGGACCGCCGCCGCAAACCCUCCGAGCUGUCCAUCCGCCAGCGUUCGCAAUCGGCCUCGCAAGCACAAGCUGCACAAGCUGCACAAGCUGCACAUCCACCUCCCCGUACCACUCCCACGACCUCGAACCCUCCCAAGCCACCGCCGCCUUCCUCCCGACCCAGCAACACUGCCAGCGAUGCCACGACUCUGAACAGCAACGAUGGCUCCGAGUCCACCGGUGGUCCCGGCUCUGACCGCGAUGGCCGCCGCCCAAUUGCUAUGCGCUCCACGUCUGCGAUAGCCGGCAAGCCUUCACUCCCUCUCUCAUCCACCUCGACACGCCAGCUCUCCACCAUGACCUCCUCUUCCCGGUCUGCUCCAAAGGGCCAGCAUAUCCCCUUCCCCCCUCUCCAGGAUCCCAAGACGGCGCCAGAUGUCCCUCCAGCUCCUUCGUCAGGCAUGUACUGGUCCCGCGCACCGGUCUCAGGGGCGCCUCACACAUCACUCCGUGCCCAUACCACGACGUUGGUUGGGUCCAACAUAUUCGUGUUUGGGGGCUGCGACUCGCGGGCCUGUUUCAACGAGCUCUAUGUCUUCGACGCCGAUGCCUUCUACUGGUCUGUACCACACGUCACGGGCGAGAUCCCUGUACCACUACGCGCAAUGACCUGCACCGCUGUGGGCAAGAAACUAGUGAUAUUUGGCGGUGGGGAUGGGCCCGCCUACUACAACGACAUAUACGUUCUCGACACGACGAAUUUCCGGUGGCAUCGGCCCAAGAUUACAAGCGAACGUGUCCCCUCGAAACGUCGGGCCCACACGGCCUGCCUCUACAAGAACGGCAUCUACAUAUUCGGAGGCGGCGAUGGUGUGCGUGCCCUCAACGACGUCUGGAGGCUCGACGUUAGCGACAUGAACAAGAUGUCGUGGAAGCUCGUCUCCGGACCAGAGCGGGCCCCGCCUCCCGGGGUCCGGGAAACCCGCCCGAAACCCCGUGGGUACCACACCGCCAACAUGGUAGGCAGCAAGCUCAUCAUCUUUGGCGGCUCCGAUGGUGGCGAGUGCUUUAACGAUGUGUGGGUCUACGACGUCGAUGCCCACAUAUGGAAGGCCGUCUCCAUCCCGCAAACCUUCCGCCGCCUGUCCCACACGGCCACCCUCGUGGGCUCCUAUCUUUUCGUCAUUGGCGGCCAUGACGGCAAUGAAUACUCGAAUGAUGUACUUCUGCUGAACCUUGUCACCAUGACUUGGGAUCGCCGGCGUGUCUACGGCCUGCCUCCCAGCGGUCGCGGUUAUCACGGCACCGUGCUGUACGACAGUCGUCUGUUUAUGAUUGGCGGCUUUGACGGCAGCGAGGUGUUUAGCGAUGUUUGGAUGUUGGAAUUGGCCGUGCAUGCAUAUUAUUCCCAAAUCAGCCACUUCACCAUCGAGGUUUGA